AAAAGUAACUCAAGAAAGGGAAAAACUCAUAGUGGUGCUACACGUUCGUAAGGAGGGGGCACUCUAUAUUGCUAUUAAUCGGAUCGUGGAGAUUUUGUGACCGCAGACUGCACCUGAUAAGCUGUCGGCUGAGUUCUUCUGGAUCGGACUGUGUGUGUUUCAAAGUUGGAUUUAUUCAGCUAACAGCGGCGAAGUGCUGGGUAGAUAUGGACGAUCUGCAGCGAUCGGCUUGAGAGACCAACGCUGGAGUUUUCGGCACUAUUCCCGCGGGUCUUAACUUAUAUUUUACAUUUACAACUUUGUAGUGGACGUGUUGUAACGCCGUAAGAAGUCAACGUGUAACCGGUUUGCUAAGUUUCAAACUCGCUGCUGCUCUAUUGAUCAACAGUUACUGUGUCCUUUAACACUUUGCUGUUGCAUGUUUUAACAACAUGUCACCAAAAGCAGAUAUCCUAUCAAGAAAGUAGUUUCAUGAACGACUUUCAUGAACACUGUUUUUUAACUUAAAUGUGACUUAAGGACGACUUCUACUUUUGCUAGUUCUGUGAAUCACCUUUGAUUUUUUUAGCCCGCGUCGGACACCAGAGGAGAAAGUUGGACUGGGAACUUGUGUCCUAAAUGACUUAUUACUGGGAUGGAAAACUUACUACCGCACUGCAGUUGUUUCUCCUAGCCCACGUAGCACAAGAAAACAAUUAAUGUGCUCUAAAAGUCUCCCAGUUUUUCCGAAGAGACAUUAAUAUUCAAGUUUGUGGGUGCAAGGAGAGAUCUCAACGGCCGCGCUAUUAAAACUGGAUACAAAAUGGCGGCGUCCCUGGGACGAUUUGGAUAUGUUUCUCGAUGUGUUUUUUAUUUAAUUUUGUCGGUCGAACUGUUUAUCAGUUAUGGAUUGAGUUCAGACUUGCCAUGUGCCCAGAACUGUACCUGCGACGGAGAUGCAGUGGACUGUAGUAACCUGGAGCUGACAGCUACGCCUCUGGACCUUCCUGUCCGGACUGUUUCCUUAAAUCUUGGCCACAACAAGCUGACCUCCAUUGAUGUUGAAGCUUUUGACAACCUUCCCAACCUGAGAGAGCUGCGGCUGGACCACAAUGAGCUCACGUCUAUACCAGAUUUAGGACAGGCUGCUUCCAAGACUGUAUCUCUCUACCUCCAUCAUAAUAAGAUCCGCAGUAUAGACGGCAGGCGUACCAGAGAGCUGGCUUCUGUGGAAACCCUGGACCUGAGCAAUAAUGAUAUCACUGAGCUGCGAGGGCACUGCUUUCCUGCAGGCCUGCAAAUCAGACACCUGUACCUUAGCAACAACAAAAUCUCUUUGUUGGAGCUCGGAGCUCUGGACCAUCUGGGCGCGACUCUCCAGGUCCUGAGACUGAGCCGAAACCGCAUCAGCCAGAUCCCCGUGAAGGCCUUCCAGCUCCCCAGGCUCACCCAGCUUGAGCUGCACAGGAACCGUAUCCGUCUAGUGGAGGGUCUCACCUUCAAGGGUCUGUCCAGCCUGGAGGUGCUCAAGCUGCACAGAAACAACAUCAACAAACUGACCGACGGCGCUUUCUGGGACCUGGCCAAGAUGAAAGUCCUUCACCUGGACUACAACAGCCUGACGGAGGUGAACAGCGGCUCCCUGUACGGCCUCUCCUCCCUCCAGCAGUUAUUCCUCAGUAACAACUCCAUAGCCCGCAUCAACCCUGACGGAUGGAAGUUCUGCCAGAAGCUGAGGGAACUGAAUCUGUCCUAUAACAACUUGACUCGUCUGGAUGAAGGCAGCCUGGCCGUGCUGGGAGAUCUCCACUCGCUCCGUCUGGGCCACAACUCCAUCAGCCACAUCACCGAGGGAGCCUUCAGAGGCCUCAAGUCCGUACGCACCCUGGAGCUUGACCAUAACGACAUCUCGGGGACAAUAGAGGACACCAACGGGGCCUUCUCUGGAUUGGACAGCCUCAACAAGCUGACUCUGUUUGGAAACAAGAUCAAGUCGGUGGCCAAGAAAGCCUUCUCUGGCUUGGAGACCCUGGAACACCUGAACUUGGGGGAGAAUGCUAUCCGUUCCAUCCAGCCCGACGCCUUCAGCAAAAUGAAGAACCUCAGAACACUUAUCAUCCAGAGCGACAGCUUCCUGUGUGACUGCCAGCUCCAAUGGCUGCCCGACUGGCUGGUGACCCGCGGUCUGACGGCCGGCGCCAACGCUUCCUGCGCUCACCCCGAGAGCCUCAAAGGCACCAGCGUGUUCCAGGCUCCGCCCAGCAGCUUCGUGUGCGACGACCUCCCAAAGCCCCAGAUCACGGUGCAGCCGGAGACCUCCGUGACGGUCCUCGGCAGCGACGUGCGUCUCACGUGCACGGCGGCGAGCAGCAGCACCUCCCCCAUGACCUUCGCCUGGCGUAAGGACCAGGAGCUGCUUCGCCACGCCGAGACGGAGAACUACGCCCACGUGCGCGCUCAUCACCAAGGCACAACGUCCGACGUGCCGAGUGCAAACGGAGACGUGAUGGAGUACACCACCAUCCUGCACCUGCGGCACGUCACCUUCGCCCACGAGGGCCGCUACCAGUGCAUCAUCACCAACCACUUCGGCUCCACCUACUCCACCAAGGCCCGCCUCGUCGUCAACGUCCUCCCGUCCUUCAUGAAGACGCCCCGGGACAGCACCAUCCGGACGGGCCACACGGCGAGGCUGGAGUGCGCCGCAGAGGGCCACCCGACGCCGCAGAUCGCCUGGCAGAAAGACGGCGGCACGGACUUCCCCGCCGCCCGGGAGCGCCGAAUGCACGUGAUGCCCGACGACGACGUGUUCUUCAUCAUGGACGUGAAGCCGGAGGACAUGGGCGUGUACAGCUGCACCGCCAAGAACACGGCCGGCACCGUCUCCGCCAACGCCACUCUCACCGUGUUGGAAACGCCCCACCUGGCGCAGGAGAUGGAGGACCGCAGCGUGGUGGUGGGCGACACGGUGGCCCUGCAGUGCAAGGCCCUGGGGAGCCCGCCGCCCCGCAUCACCUGGCUGCGCAACGACCAGCCGCUGCGCCCCUCCGACAGACACCACUUCACCCCCGGCAACCAGCUGCUGGUGAUCGGCGCCGCCUCCGUGGAGGACGCGGGGCGCUACACCUGCAUGAUGUCCAACACGCUGGGCACGGAGCGCGCCCACAGCCAGCUGCUGGUGACGCGCCGCCGCGGACCCUGCCCCUCCCCCUCCGGCCCGAGCACCGUCACUAUAGGGAUCAUUGUCAUCGCCGUGGUGACCAGCAUCGUGGUGACGUCGCUGGUGUGGGUGUGCAUCAUCUACCAGACCAGGAAGAAGAGCGAGGAGUGCAGCGUCACCAACACAGAUGAGACAAUAGUUCCUCCAGACGUCCCCAGCUACCUCUCGUCGCAGGGCACGCUGUCCGAGAGGCAGGAUGUGUGUGUCCGCGUGGAGGCGGGACCUCAGCCCAACGGACACAUCGUGGACCCCACAGGUUUCGACCCCGCCGUGGUGUGCACAGAUUGCAUGGAGAACGGCAGCAGCUACUCCAAAGACUCGGACUACCUGACGCACGGGUACGGCCACGCUGGAGGCUUGGAGUACCAGCAGCACUCUUUGCCCCCCCCACACCCUCACUGUUACCCCGGGGAGCCGUACUCCAUCCCGCUCUGCAACGGGACCCCCAACGGGAUCCGGAAGGACAACCAAGGCUCCACGCUCCCUAAAAACCACAACACGUUACAGAUGAACCAACACGAUAGAAAAGUGAGACAGACUUCAUCGUUCUCCCCGUCGCAGGAGGACUCCUUCCACAAGCCGGUGAAGCUGGCGAGCCCCGGCCGCCCGGACAGUGACUUUGAGCCUGAGCUCCGACAGACUCUGCUGUCUAACGGACACGCCGUCAGAGCCUCUCCGAAUGAGUGCGCCCCCCUAAGGAGAGCCAGCGACUAGCAGGCGCUCCAUCCGGCCCCCAAAAAAGCGAACUCGCAGAAGCCGAGUGGACUUUCUAUAUAUUUUUUUUGCACUGGGAAAAUAAACUGCUACCUCAUAUCGAGGGCGAUCGAUCCCCAGCCUCCUGGAUCUGGACUACAAGGGGGGAGGGGGGA